AUGUCUUACAGGAAGAACGUGGCCGCUGCUCGCCGGGACAAGAAGGGCGGUCGAACUGGGCUGACGGAGGAGCAGAAAGCUGAAAUUAGAGAAGCAUUCGACCUGUUUGAUACAGAUGGCAGUGGAACGAUUGACGCGAAGGAGCUCAAGGUGGCCAUGCGGGCGCUGGGCUUCGAGCCAAAAAAGGAGGAGAUCAAGAAAAUGAUAUCUGAUAUUGACAAGGACGGCUCUGGAACUAUCGAUUUUGAGGAGUUCCUAAACCUCAUGACCGCGAAAAUGGGCGAGCGCGAUUCCCGGGAAGAAAUCCUCAAAGCCUUCAAGCUGUUCGAUGACGACGGAUCGGGAACCAUCACCUUCAAGGACCUGAAACGUGUUGCCAAGGAGCUUGGAGAGAACCUAACAGAUGAGGAGCUUCAAGAGAUGAUCGAUGAGGCUGAUCGCGACGGGGAUGGAGAGGUCAAUGAGGAGGAGUUCAUUCGCAUCAUGAAGAAGACGGCGCUAUUCUAA